AUGGAAGUGGGUGCGCCCAACAUCGACAAGGCCAUACGCGAAACCCCGAAGACGCCAGAGAUGCGCAACGACAGUUUCGAUGCCAACAUGCCAUCCGGCGAGGUGGAUCUUACGGGCAGAAAGACGCGAGGCAGUAUCGCCAGCGAUAGCUCAGAAGAACCCUUGGACUCUCUUGUCAGCAGUCCCACGCUGCCUUUUCUCGCAUACGGUCGCAGACGCAGCUCUUUCAUCAGCCCUUUCCAGAUCAACAAGGCUCGCUAUCUUCUGAGCUUCGCCGAUGCCGAGAUUGCGCAGGAGUGGUGGACAUUGAUGCAAUCCGAGUAUCCCGAUACCUUGCGCGAAAGCCCCAAUCUUUUCUCCUUCAAGAGCGACCGGACUCCCAUCAAGGCAUGGGAGAACCCAAAGUUUGCGCAUUUGAGGGACAAGUGGUCUUAUCGCCAGACUGAUGGAAAGGACGACAAGAAUUCGCAUCAGCAACAGGUGUCGUCGCAAAGACGCGUUUCAUCGGUCCGUACGCCUUUGAUGCCCACCUUGAGCGAAGGACAUGUGUUUGGAGGAUUCGAAAGACUUGAGGACCCCUUCACCCCAGCAGGCGCAAGCAAUAUGGAGUUUGCGCAGCUCAAUCUGGCUUCAGACCACAUCCAGAAGUCUGUUGGUCAGUCAACCUUGCAACUGGAUGCAUUGCUCGAAGGCCAGCAAGCCAGUGCCAGGGGCUUCCAAAAGUUAUCCGCAACGAUAGAGCGCAUGACCCAACAGAUGGAAGCGCUAGCCCGCAGACAGCAAGACCACGAAAUAGUUCUGCGCGAGUUGACAGCAGCCGCCACGGCGAACAAUGCCGCCAGCGACGUCCAAUACCGACACCAACAAGCCGCCGCCCUCCAAUCCCUGCAAUCAGUGAUUGAAGAAACCUGCUCACGGGUCCAAGAGCUGUAUCUCAAACCCCCACCCACUCCAGGUCCAAACCACGAAAUCCUGCACGACCUGCAAGAAGAAGUGUCCCAGACUGCGAUACUGCUAAAAGAUCUCUACAACCGUCCAUUGCCGGAAAGCGACCCUGCUCAAGCAGAAACACUCCAGAAACUUCAAAAACAGCUUUUGCAAAACACAAAGGCCGUUCGCGCAUUGACAGAUCGCCCGGAACCCGCUUCCCACACCGAAACACUGCAAAAGCUGCACAAGGAGGCAUCGCAGACCACGGCCAUCUUGCGCGGAAUCACAGAUCGAUUGGCAGCAACAGAGACACCCCCAGCACCAGCACCAGCACCAGCACCAAACGCCAAUGUCCUCCAGCAACUGCAAAAAGACACUACAAACAACACAACCCUCCUACAAACCCUCUCGAGCGAUCAAAAGACGACGAAAAAACACCUCUCGACUCUAAACUCCACCCUCGACACCACCACUUCAACCCAAAAAGCACUCACCACACAACUAAAACAGACCCAUACGUUAGCGGAAACAAUCAACGCCUCAAUCUCCCAUNNCUAUCCUCCACCCAAGAUGCCAAAUUUUCAGCCUUGGAAGCAAAGAUGGACAAGCAGAUGCAGCAGAUGA